AAAUAUUGAAGAACAUAACCUAGCCCAGACCUCAGAAAGGCUACAAGAACAAUCGCUGAAGCAGAUCACACUAUUUAGCUAUAAUAGCACCACUACAAGUAUUAGCAGUUUCUGCUAUCUAACUGAAUGGAAAGUGAUAGUUAUCAGCAUAAUUGCAGUAAAACCGUCUAUCGCGCUACGCUUCGACAGGCCUUGAUGGCCGGAGCAGUGGCAGGAACAGCUGCUGACUCUGUUCUAUUUCCCUUAGGUAAUCUUUCAAGGGAAAGAAAUCGAGCAGUCAAGGAAACAAUAUUUACUUGACGACGACGAUCUGUACCCUAUUGACGUUUCAUUUGCACUUGCAUUUGCUCCGUCUAGAUACCAUUAAAACAAGGUUACAAUCGCAAGGCGGGUUUGCGCUGGCAGGAGGGUUUAGAAAAAUUUACUCAGGCAUGCUAUCUUCUUUUGUUGGAAGUGCACCGAAAGCCGCUUUAUUUUUCGUAACUUACGAAGCAAUCAAACGACUUAUGUAUACAACCUCUUCAAAUAACCAUCAGGAUUACCAGCACCAAAAUAACCAACAAUUACAAUCAUCUUAUAUUUAUAUGACAGCCGCCACUUGUGGUGAAAUAUCUGCUUGUACAAUACGUGUCCCUACUGAAGUUAUAAAACAACGCAUGCAGAUCAAUCAAUUCAGCGCAACCUACAAUGCAUUAUCGAGCAUAUUACGAACGGAAGGCAUUUUAGGGCUUUACCGUGGAUUUCUACCAACAGUUGCCCGAGAAAUUCCAUUCACUUGCAUACAGUUUCCAAUGUAUGAAUAUUUUAAAUACAAAUACACCCAGCAUCAUGGAAAUAGGAUAGUACAGCCUUUUGAGGCAGCUAUGAUGGGAUCAAUCGCAGGAGGUAUAGCUGCAGCUAUAACAACACCUUUGGACGUAUGUAAAACAAGGAUUAUACUUUCCACAAAGUCUUCAGAAACAGGUACUCGACCUUAUACAGAUAUAGUGCAAACGAUGAAACGGAUUAUAUCAGAAGAAGGACCGAAGAAAUUAUUUGCUGAAAUAGGGCCUCGUGUAAUGUGGAUAUCGCUUGGCGGUACGAUUUUUUUUGGCGUUUAUGAGAAAGGCUUAAAGACAUUCAAUGAACUACAAUUGUUAGAAAGAUGAUAAUUAUUUAAAAUUGUGUUAAUGUGAGGACUUGCUUUUGUUGGUUUGAUUCAAACUUGUGGAACAGUGAAACAGCUUACAACAAAUUCUGACAUAAGCAUUGAAAACCUAAUGCAGCAAUGCAGUAAAAUUUCAAGAUCAGCUAACGAUGAAAAUAGCACAAGCAAAUAUGUUGUAACAUGAGCUUUUAUAA